CUGUCAAAUACGUUUGUGGUCAAGGGAGUUGAUGGUGGUUGCAGCUGGAUAUCUUUUGUUGCUUUUCUACUAUUGUUUUGCUGAUUUGUUGAUGUCAAUACCGUCGUUGGUUCUACUUUUGAUGACUGUAUUAGCAACGUCUUGUGUUAACAUCGUGGGUGCGGGCUCAGUUUGUCAGUACGGGCAUGUCAGUGACUACGACGCCGGUCAGGCGUCCUACAUUCGCCUCGUCGGUACGUUGGCGCAAACAGCUGGCAGUUCGUUAUUCGUGUUGAAUUUGUUCGGUGAAAGAACCGAAACCGUCCAAGUGGCAUCAAGGAUUCUGUUCUACGCUGCACAAGGUCUUCUUUUCCUCGCUAACGAAAGGACUUUUUAA